AUGACUCCCGCCCGAGAUAUCCAGGGAAACCCGCUCGCGGCGCAGGGGGCCGAUUCGCACACGCUGUCGACGUCACCAGCGGCCACGAUGCAGUCCCCUCUGUCGAGCUGGGGCGGUGGUCUGGCCCAGCGCGUUGCGCCCAAGCAGCUGAAGCCCUUCAACACCCAGGACAUCAAGAUCCUGCUGCUCGAAAACGUCAACCAGACGGGCCAGAACACCCUCAAGGAGCAGGGCUACCAAGUCGAGGCCCUCAAGACGUCGCUACCCGAGGACCAGCUCAUUGAUAAGAUUCGCGACGUCCACGUCAUUGGCAUCCGCUCCAAGACAAAGCUGACCGAGCGCGUCCUUCGCGAGGCCAAGAACCUGCUCGUCGUCGGCUGCUUCUGCAUCGGCACCAAUCAGGUCGACCUCGACUAUGCCGCCAGCCACGGCAUCGCCGUCUUCAACUCCCCAUUUGCCAACUCCCGCAGCGUUGCCGAGCUUGUCAUAGCCGAAAUCAUCACCCUUGCUCGCCAACUGGGCGACCGCUCCUCCGAGAUGCACCGCGGCACCUGGAACAAGGUCAGCGCAAAGUGCUGGGAGGUGCGAGGCAAGACGCUGGGUAUUGUCGGUUAUGGACACAUUGGCUCGCAACUCUCGGUUCUUGCCGAGGCCAUGGGCAUGAACGUUAUAUACUAUGACGUCGUCACCCUCAUGGCUCUGGGAACCUCGCGCCAGGUCCCGACCCUGGAGUCUCUUCUCGAAGAGGCCGACUUCGUGACGCUGCAUGUGCCAGACCUUCCGGAGACGAGAAACAUGAUUUCCGCUGCGCAGCUCAAUCACAUGAAGAACGGAUCCUAUCUCAUCAACGCCAGCCGCGGAAGCGUCGUGGACAUUGCGGCCCUGAUCAAUGCCAUGCGGUGCGGCAAGAUUGCCGGCGCUGCUCUCGACGUGUACCCUCAUGAGCCCGCAGCCAAUGGCGAUUAUUUUAGCAACAACUUGAACUCGUGGGCCGAGGAUCUUCGCAACCUGAGCAACAUCAUCCUCACUCCUCACAUUGGUGGAAGCACCGAAGAGGCUCAGCGCGCCAUUGGCACCGAAGUGGCCGACGCACUGGUGCGAUACAUCAACCAGGGCAUCACGGUGGGAAGCGUCAACAUGCCCGAGGCUCAACUCCGCUCCCUAACGCUGGACGAGCCCGAACAUGCACGGGUCAUCUACAUCCACCGCAACGUCCCUGGUGUCCUGCGCAAAGUUAAUGAGAUCCUCGGGGAUCACAACGUCGACAAGCAGAUCAGCGACAGCAGAGGCGAUGUGGCUUACUUGAUGGCCGAUGUGAGCAAUGUGCGGUACGGACAGAUCAAGGACAUCUCAGAAAGCUUAAAUGCUCUUAGCUCAUGCAUCAUGACUCGCAUGCUCUACUAG